GCAGCUGAAAAACUGAGUCGGGGACAAAGUGGAACAGUGAAAAAGAGGAUAAAGGAAAAACUAGUUUGGCAAACAUGGGUAAAAAGUAGGUUUCUUAUCGUCAGGCAUGUCACUUGUUCAGUGAUAUCGCUAUCUCUUUAUUUAAGCCCCCCGUCUGUGAUCGAGCAGUUUAGUCUUAGCUUAAUCAGCCAGUGGUGCUGAGAUCUAUAGUUAACAGCCAUGGCAGUACAUUUUCGUUCCCUGACGCUGGACAAUGAGACGAAAUCACCAGUAGAAACUUCAGUCACAGGUACCGUGCCAUCUUGGUUGAAUGGAAGUCUUUACCGAAAUGGUGCCGGAGUAUUCCAAGUUGGCGAAACUAAGUUGACCCACUUGUUUGAUGGUUUAGCUGCCAUUAGCCGCUAUGACAUCAAAGACGGUCGGGUUUUGUAUAAGAACCGUAUAUUACGCAGCAAAACUUGGAAUGAUUCUGUGAAAGCCAACCGCCUCGUUUACAGCCAGUUUGGAAAAGUUGCUCUGCCGGAUCCGUGCAAAAGUAUUUUUUCCAGGUUUUUCUCCUACUUUAAAAUGGAUGAAUUCACUGACAAUACAUCUGUGAAUGUUGUCAAACAUGGUGAUGCUUUCUUUACUAUGACAGAAGUUGACAGAGUCCUACAAAUUGACCCCGAUUCACUGGACCCAGUCGACACUGUUAAACUAACCAAUUUAAUUGCUGUCCACUCUGCCACUGCUCACCCACUUAAGGACCAGAAUGGAACAAUAUAUAACCUAGGAUCAAACUUCAGAAAUAAACAAAUGGCCCACAACAUCAUAGCAAGUGAACCAAAUGACGACAAAGAUGCCAAGCCAUUUGAUAACCUCCGUAUUGUCGGAAGUGUGCCAUCAAGAUGGAAAUCUCAUUAUGCAUAUAGCCAUAGUUUUGGAAUGUCAGAAAACUACUUUAUCAUUCUGGAACAGAACUUAUGCUUCAACCUUUUCAAAGCUGCUUUUGCCAAGAUCUUAGGCUAUGCCUUCGUGGAGUGCAUGUCAGUGUUUGAUAAAGAGGAGGUUAUGUUUAAUGUUUUGCAAAAGAAAAAUGGAGAACGGCUGAAAAUAGCUUACCGUGCAGAAAAUGUGUUCUGCUUCCAUUUUAUAAACUCCUUUGAAGAGAAAGGACAUUUGGUUGUUGACUUAUGUGGUUAUAACGACUCAGCCGUUGUUCAACGUCUUUAUGUAAAAAGUUUGGAGAAAAGCACAGAAAUUGAUGCAACUGCAUUUUUCAUGCGAUAUGUUCUCCCACUCGACGUCAACGAAGAGACACCUGUUGGAACUAAUCUUGUAACUCUGGAAGGAAGUAAAGCUACAGCUACCAAGAGAGCCGAUGGCAGCAUUUUCCUUACUUGUGAUUAUUUAAAUGAUGAUCCUUCAGAUGUCAGCUCUAGAAUAGUCUUUGAGCUGCCAAUCAUAAAUCCCACUCUUGUUGGACAGCCAUAUCGCUAUGGUUACGGCACCCUAUUAAGAGAUACAGUUACCAAAAUUGAUACUGUUAAACGAACCAAGAUUAUUUACAAAGAUCCGAAAGGAAAUAGUCUUGGAGAACCUGUGUUUGUUGCAGCACCUGAUGCCAAAGAAGAAGAUGAUGGUGUAUUACUGGUUCCGGUAAUCAGCAUUGACAUUAACUCACCUUGUUACUUGACUAUUUUGAAUGCAUCUACAAUGGAAGUGAUUGCUACAUGUGAAGUGCCUACCUCUACUGCGAUUCCAACGUCAUUCCAUGGCUUUUUUGACCCAUCGUAAUGUUAUCUAGCAGCUGGCUACGACAAUCAUCUCCUUUAUCUUACUAUGACACUGUACCACAUUAUAAUGUUAUUACUUAUAACGAUUGUCUCUUAAAACAAAUUUAUGUAAUCCCAUGGUCAGUCAUGACCGAAGGGGGUCUCAGCAUAUAUAUAUAUAAUUUCUGUAUUGCUCAAAACCUACACAUUAUCAUACCGAAUAUAUACAUUACUAUGGGGCUUAAAAGUGUGAAGGACUGGCAGAAAAGUUUGAGCAUUGAACAAAAUGCCUUGUAGUAAUACUUCUGAGUUCAAAUCCCACCAAGAUCAGAUUUUGGAGUUAAUCAAAUAAAGUACCAGUAAUUGA